AUGAGACUCCCCGAUGUAACAGGAUACUAUAGAGCUGCCCACUUAACCCCUCUUGUGGCAAUUUCACAUCGACAAGACCUUACAUCUUGGGCCAAAAUAGGGAAAAACCACGCAAGGGGGCUCUCCAUCCCACUACUAGCAUGGCUCCCAAAAACCCACAGACCAAAAAUCUCUGAACUACUACCUACAACUGCAUUGACUCUUUCAAUAUGGGACACAUACCGAAAAAAGAUGGGGGCAACAGCAACACUUUCUCCAGCACUUCAAUUGGACACAAUACAACUACUCAUACCAGAUUUUAACUAUAAACUCUGGUACAGACACGGUUUGAAAACCAUCUCCCAAGUAAUGCAAGGAAACAAACUCAAAUCAUUACCGGACCUCCAGACAGAAUUCCAGCUGCCCAGUACGGCAACCUUCUCCUACAGACAAAUGAGAUCAUGGGUACUCGCCAAACCAACACCACAACAAACAAAGCCAUCAAAAGCACACUGGACAACAAUAAUUAAGAUAUGCAUGAAGACAAAACCAGCAAUGAAACUCAUUUCCACAGUAUUCGCCUCAGAACAUACGCAAACACAGACCAAACCACCUUCCUUCAAAACAGCAUGGCAACAGGACAUGGGACACCAACUCACUGAAGAACAAUGGCAAAACAUAUACUGCGCCCACAAACGAAUGACCCUCUCUACGACACACAUAGAACUGUCCCGCAAGAUACUCUACAGAUGGUACCUGGUAGAUGGUACCUGGUACCCACGAGACUCAAACAUAGCUUCCCAGACACCUCCGAAAUAUGCUGGAGAUGCACAGGAGAUAGAGGAACCAUGAUACAUAUAUGGUGGCACUGCCCAUCACUUCAACGCUUCUGGUCCCAAGUCUUAACACUAACAGUCCAGUGCACGGGAGUGCGCCUACCAAACAAACCAGAAACGUUUCUACUACUACUACUCCCACAGGUGCCACACAUGUAGCUCCGGUACUUACUGUACCACAUCAUAAUUGCAGUCCUCACCAUUAUCAGUUGACAAUGGAAACAAACAACCUCUCCAACAAUAAAUCAGUGCAUCAAAGUGAUAGAAUCCACUAAAGCCUACAAACUUAGGGCAAGGAAAACACAAUGAAAGUCCUACUGGCUCGAAGCUUGGGAACUAUGGGACAAACGCAAAUACAAAAUCUCUGAAUCCGAUAGACAAAUACAAAACACAGGCUGAGUAGAGACUCCCCUGAGAGGAGGCAAACCCAGCAAGACACCAUGAAUACAUGGACAAACACAAAGACACCCAUGAACACAAGGCCCACUGCAGCCAAUACCGCACUCUCAGCACAUGCCCUUCUCCUCUGCUCACACCCCUCCCCCCACCACCCCAUCCAACAAAAAAGCCAAGAACAAAAGAUAGUAGCAUGGGCCAGGCCAACUCCAACACCAACCAUGUUACCUACCAUUACAACAACAUAG